AUCUGCAUUUCUUGGCAACUGCCAAUGCAUUCUUAAGGGACUGAAAUAUUCUCUUUUAAUUGUUUUAAAGUUGUGUGGCAGUAUUUUGUGCCUUGAACCCUUUGGAGCACAUUUCAUGUUUAAAAGCAUACAUUAGGUUUUGUAGUUCCUCCCACUUGUUGUCUGCCAAAGAUAUUUAGGAAAAUAUGUUCUGGACUGCAGGAAAUUGACAGUGUUAAAGUAAUGUCAAAGUUUAUAUUUCUAUUUUGAAAACAACAUUGUAAAUUGACAGAGUUAGAGUAAUGUCAAAAUUUAUAUUUUUAUUUUGAAAACAAUACUGUAAAUUGACAAUUUUAGAUUUUCUCAUUUGAAUUGACAAUGUUACAGCAAUUUUAAAUUCUCAUACACUUAAAAUUUUACAUUUGGAAACAUAUGUUACAAGCAUUUUCUUAUUGUUUUUGUAUACAGUAGUUUGAGGAAAAGGGAAGGCGAAGCAGUUAGAUUCCAUAAGUGAUGAAGAAAAUACAGAAGAACAGACAAGUGAUGAGGAAGUAUCUAAAGGAAUUAUAGAAGCUGACACAAUCUCAAAUCCGCAAAAGAAGUUAAAGACAAAAAAGUUGGCGGGAAGAAAACCAAUUGAAGUUACUUCAUCUUCUAUCCCAAAGGCUUCACAUGAAAGACAUGCUCAAUCUCAAUAUGACCUUCGUGUUAGAUCGCCAAAAAAUCAAGGAAUCAACAUAGAACAAGCUGCUCCUCGGUCACAACCUCUUAGAAAGAGACCAAGAAUUGUGGUUGAGAUUCAAGAGACACAAGCGAUUGAAGAGUCACAACACAUUGCUUUUAAUACAUGUAACAUGCAAGCGAUGAUUAGAUUAAUGAAAGUGUUUCCUGUCACUCCUGCGCUCAAGGAUUCGCUGAAAAAAACACCUUUUUGGCAUUUGAUCAAUGCCUUUAUUGAGGAGAAGGUGAAGAGUGAACAUUGUAGAAAGUUCGAUGAGGUGGUUGUUAAAAUUGUAGAGUUGUAUGAUGCAAAUACAAGAACAUUUACAUUGGGAAACAAACAUGUCAAGCUCGAAAGGGAAGAUGUGAAGUUGAUUUUUGGGAUUUCAUGUGGAAAUGAGGAGAUAAACCAAGGUUAUUGUAAGAAAGAAGAUGUGCAAUUAGCGGUCAAGUGGAAAAUAAAGCAGAAAAGGUUGGAUACCUCAAUAAUCAAGAAGCUUUUAAAAGAAAAGCAAAACAACAAGUUGGAAGAAGAUAUGGAUGAUGUCGCGAGAUUGUUGUGUUUGUUCCUUUGUGGGACGUUGUUCUUCUCUACAAGCGGAACCACAAUAAAUUGGGUUUAUGUUUGCUAUAUGGAAGACUUGAAUACGAUUAAACAAUUUGAUUGGCCAAAAGCUAUUUGUAAGUACUUGUUGAAAUCUACUCACGCGGAGCAUAAAGAUCCCAAAGAAGUCAAAGGUUCUUCAAUUCUAUUACUGUAUUGGCUUUGUGCGCAUAGCAACAUCCUGAAUCAAGAGAGCCUAGAUUCUAUUCCAAGGUUGCUCGAGUGGAACAUUGCAAAGCUGCGGAAAGAGCUCAAAGACGUGAGACAGUUGCAGCAACUCCCGGAUGAGAAGGUAAAAGAUGGAACACUUGAACAGACCAUUGAAGAAAAAGUUGAUUAUGAAUUUGAGCAACAUGAGGUUCAGCAAGAUCCGGUUCAGCUAGUUGCUGGGGAGAAAGAUGAUGUCAACCAACAUGAGGUGAAGAAUGAUGAAUUUGUUGAAGCUCAAUUUGAAGUUCAGCAAGAUGAGGGGGAGAAAGUUGAAGUUGCUGAAGUUGAGAACGUGCCUAAUAGUUGUGGGUUGGAUGAUUUCGAUACUCCCACUGAUAUGUUUCAGUCUCCAUUGUGCUUGGGCGAAAUAGAUGAAUCACAGGCUGUUAGUUUCAGACGUGAUGAAGUGACAUCUCCCAAAUAUAAUUCGGAUUCAACUCUUGAACCUAAUACAUUGAGUAGAAAAUCACUAUUGGAAGAAGAAGAUGAAUGCUUGAAUAAACUUGUGGAUAACAUAUUAGAUGAUUCAAAGAAGUAUGCAGCUGCAAUGGUUGAUGAAUUGACAGAAGAAAGACACUCAAUUAGUGACAAUCUCACUGACAAGAUUGAAUAUUUGGAGAAGCAGAUGGAGAUUGAGAAACAAUCAAACAAGGAUGCACUUGCCAUGAUUGACGAAUUGAGGAAGGAAAAAGACUCAAUUACGAAUGACAUGUCCACGAACAUUGAAUGUUUGGAGAAUGAAAAAAAGAAGAUGGAGAUUGAAAAAGAAUCGAUUUGCGAGCCUCUCAAUGACGAGAUUGCAAAAUUGAAGAAACUGGUGGAAAGUCAAGACAAACAGAUUAUAAUGUUGAAAGAUGUUAUGAGCAAAGGCCCACUCACAUCGAUGCAUGAACUGAAGAACCAAAAACAAUCGUUGGAGAAGGAUCUGAUUGAGAAGGUUGAAAGUCUGGAGAAGGAAAAGAAGCAAUUGGAGCUUCAGAAAUUGAAAAUGCAAGAAGACAAUGACAUUGUGCUACAAUCUAAAGAUCAGCAGAUUACAGAAUUGGCAAGAGCAUUGGCAAGAAAAAUUGAAGAAACAGGAGAGGAAAUGAAGAAUCAAAUCCAGAGUCUUGACAAACAAAAUAAGAAGCUGUGUUUGGCAAAGGACAGAUACAUACAGACACUUUUGAACAAAGCCAGUGUCCUCGAGAAGCAAAAGGCUAAACAACAAGACGUCAACAACGUAUUGCAAAUGCAAAUUUGA